GUCAGGGGUGGGGCCACGAAGAACGGCUGAAGCGCCCUAGCAGAGAGAUUCCUUUACCCGAAAGUAAACCGGCGGACAGGGUCAGAGACUAGCACUAUGAUUACACGAUCAUAAGUUUGUUAGGAAAAGUAAAAACGUACUUUGUGGAAAAAUGAUACGAACUUUCGGUACCGGAUAUGUGUACGCGCGUUUACUGUCACAGGGAUCAAAGUCUGCAACGUGCAGAGCUGCACAUCACAGCGGCUCAUUCGAUGUGGCCGUUAUUGGUGGAGGGAUUGUUGGACUGGCCUCUGCUAGAGAGCUGAUCCUCAGGCACCCAAACCUCACCUUUACCCUGCUGGAGAAAGAGAAAGAGCUUGCUCUCCAUCAGACGGGUCAUAACAGUGGUGUGAUCCACAGUGGGAUUUACUACACACCGGGCUCUCUGAAGGCUCAGCUUUGUGUUCGUGGAGCCACGCUGACAUAUCAGUACUGUCAGAAGAAAGGUGUCCCUUAUAAGAGAUGUGGCAAGCUUAUCGUAGCAGUGGAGAGAGAGGAGAUUCCACGUCUGAAAGCUCUGUAUGAGCGCGGUCAGAAGAACAAUGUACGAGAUCUCCGCCUGAUUGACGCCAAAGCCAUCCGAGAGAAAGAGCCGUACUGCAGGGGCAUCAUGGCAUUGGACUCUCCAUACACAGGGAUUGUUGACUGGCGGUUAGUAGCUCUGACCUACGGUGAAGACUUCCAGGAAGCAGGUGGGACUGUGAUAACCGAAUUUGAGGCAUCAGACAUCACGGUGGCAGCAGAAAGCCCAGCUGGGAGUGCUGAAGGGCUGAAAUAUCCCAUCAUCAUCAAAAGCUCAGAGGGGAAGGAGGUGAGGUGUCGGUUUGUGUUGGCGUGUGGAGGCCUCUACUCUGAUCGUUUGUCUGAGAUGUCUGGCUGUAGUUCAGAGCCCCGUAUCGUUCCCUUCAGAGGAGAUUACCUGGUGCUCAAGCCAGAGAAAAACUACCUGGUCAGGGGCAACAUCUACCCUGUGCCAAACCCACGGUUCCCAUUUCUUGGAGUCCAUUUCACUCCUCGAAUGGAUGGUAGUGUGUGGCUGGGCCCAAACGCGGUGUUGGCUUUUAAACGAGAGGGGUAUAAACUCUAUGACUUCGACACACAAGAAUUCUUUAAUGCGCUCUCCUACAGGGGUCUUCAGAGGCUGGUAAUGAAGAACAUUGUGUAUGGAAUGGGGGAGAUGUAUAGAGGUGCAUUUACCAGUGCUCAGGUGAAGAUUCUGCAGAAGUUCAUACCUGAACUGAGCCCCAGUGAUGUCCUCAGGGGUCCGUCGGGUGUGCGUGCACAGGCAUUGGAUGCUGAAGGAAACCUGGUGGAUGAUUUUGUGUUUGACAGUGGGAAGGGAGAGCUGGGCAGCCGGGUUCUGCACGUACGCAAUGCACCGUCACCCGCUGCAAGCUCCUCUCUGGCCAUCGCUGAGAUGAUUGCUGAUGAGCUGGAGAAAAGAUUUCAGCUGUAGACAUACCUCAGAUGACAUUGCCAUCACCAUGAUAACACUCUCAUUCUUAUACUUUAAUUCCGAGUAUAAAAGAAUAAUUAUAGAAUGAAACUUUUAUAGUAGUUUGGAACAGUAAUAAUGUAAAAAAAGAUUUCUGGUGCUCUUUUCUUAUGUCUUCUAACAAUAAUGCAGAUUUUAGGAAAUGUUGGUAAACUGUUAAUAACUGCCUUAAAAUAAUUUACAAAGACAGUUGCCUCUUAAGAGAAUGUGUUCACUCCAUAUCUGAAUUUGUAAAAAUAAAGCAUUCUUUUAGCUGGUGGGUUUUCGAAUUAUC